CCUCUCGUUCGAACCGCACAUACCAUACACCUCCGCUAUCUAGCAGUGUUUGUACCAAUUGCACAUCGGCAGGCACCCAGAGAUAGAUAACUCUUCUCCCACAGAUCGGCGCUGGCAACUCAGCGAUGCCGCUCUUGACCCUCGUGGGCCAAGCCGUGGCCACGUUCGCUGCAUCGUUCGGAGUGGGAUAUCUCCCUCUUGCGUUCGAUGUGAUCUCGGGCAAACGGCUCAACGUUAUCAGCGUGUUCGGGAUGGGUCUGCUCGUAGGGGCGGCUUUGACUAUCAUUAUCCCAGAGGGAGUGGAUACCUUAUACAGCUCGUUCCCGGAAGGUGACCAUGACGACCACAACCAUCAGACAACGUCACCUAGCCAUGUCAUUGGGAUCGCGUUGCUCUCAGGAUUCGCCCUUAUGAUGAUGGUCGAAUCUUUCACGCCACACCCGCCAAGCGACGAACAUGAGCAAGAACACGCCGAAGCGUCAGCCGAGAACGGUCAUUACCACUCUCCUUCUCGAUCACCUGUAUCUAUCGAUGGUCUCCCCCCUAGCGAUACUCGGCUGCCUCUACGCACGCAGAAUUCUCACAUCUCGGAUCUGGCUACCGACUCUAGGAUGUCGGCCGAGCGGAUGAACUCGAGUACGUCCUUGUUUCCCAAGACGAGACCUUCAUACGACACUCGGCGGUCACGCCGUGAAUCCAAGAUAUCGCUGGCGGGCGAUGAUGAUGAUGAUGAUGAGGAGGAGGAACAAGGAGGUUUGGCAGGGCUGAACGCGACAUUGGGACUCGUCAUUCACGCCAUGGCGGAUGGGAUCGCUCUGGGAGCGAGUUCGUUGAGCGAAAAGGGCGGGCUUGGCUUUGUGGUGUUUCUGGCUGUUAUCGUGCAUAAGGGCCCUACGGCGCUUGGUCUGACCACCACCCUGUUGUCCCAAAAGCUCUCUCGAGUUCAAAUCCGGACCCGACUCCUCUUGUUUUCGGCCUCGGCACCGGUAGGCGCCAUCCUCACAUAUUUCCUUGUCAAGCUGUUCGGAGGCUCUGACGCCAAAGUAGGCAAGCACGAUAUCGAUGGGAUUCAAUGGUGGACCGGAGCGGUACUUUUGUUCUCCGGAGGAACCUUCCUCUAUGUGGCUACCGUGAUUUCCCCUCUUUCAGACUCGGAUAGCCACAAUACCCACGCUCAUGCACACACCCAUGACCCCGAGGAUGAAAAGCUCAGCAAAGGCGUCCGACUAAGUCUCCUGGUAGGAGGCAUGAUCUUGCCCUUGAUCUUGAGUGCCGUCUUGGGCGGACAUAGUCAUUGAUCCCGUCGACUCGAGUACGGUGGCGACGACACGAUAGAAAUAGCAAUCAACAACAAGAAUAACAUCAACGAUAGAGGACAAGGACGACGUAGAACGGAUCGGUUUUUGAUACAAGGUUAUAUUCAGCUUGUACGAUGGCAUCUUGAUGUACCAACAGCUUUCAUGGAUUCGACGAGGUCACGAAAGGCGCGACGCUUCG